AUGCAGUCUGAAGUCCAGCUUGGAAAGGAUGACAGGGAUACUGAUUUUGGGGAUUCAUUCUGUGCCCCGGACCGAAUCAGUCUGCACACAUGGCAAUCGGCAAGGGAGAGAACUAAAUUUGGCCUGUCACAAUGCCUAGAUCCCAGCAAAGACCUUGCUGAAGCCUGUGCACUCCCCAAGUUUCAACGGCUCCGGCCGGAGUUCCCAGGAACCGGUGGCUGCGCGAAGGAAGGUUCGCUAGUGCUAGCACCGCCAAAGCGGCCCCCUGAGUCGUUCCAAGAAGGAUUCCGAGAGACAGACAAAAUCCUGGAUUGGGGAGUCCGCAACGCACUGCUGCCGCAGGUAUGGCCCACGACUCUCAUCUAG